GUGGCAGUUUGGGAUGCAGACACCGGUGAGCUGCGGGCGGAGAUGCAGUACAAAAAACUCGUCACGUGCCUGAUCUUCGUCCCGGAGCUGCGUGCUGCAAUCACGGGCGAUGGAGCCUUUAGCCAAGAGAAGCCGCAGGGCCGCAUCGUCCUCUGGAACCCGGACAGCCUGGAGCAGCACUUGAAGCUGAACUGUGCCAGCACUGUGACCUCCGUGGCCUGGAGCGGGGCAGACAAGGUCCUUAUGUCAGCGGAUCGCAGCCACUGCAUCUGCUUGUGGCAGCCCGAAAGUGGGGCCAAGCUGCAAGAGAUCCGCACAGAUGCCGCAUACGUAGCGUGGCUGAUCGCGGUGCCGCCGGGCGAAGAGCGCUCGACCUUCGUGUACAGCCUCUGCGGCUUCAAGGAGAACAUCGGGCGCCUCUGUCUCCAUCGCGGUAGCAGCGAGCUGUCUGGUGACUUUGACCACCCGGUGCUUUCAGCAAUCUUCCUUCCGGAGUCGCCAGUCGUCGCAUGUGGCCUCCGAAAUGGAGACAUCCUUUGUUGGGACUUGGAAGCCCGGCGCUUGCGGAGUCGUUCUGUGAAAAUGCAGAGCGCCGUGAACUGCCUGGCGCUGAACUUGGUGCGAGGAGAGCUCGUCGCAGGUGACAAAACCGGGGCAGUUUGCUCCUGGUCGAUCGCCUACCUGCUUUCGGAUUGA